AACCUUGUGCACCGAGCCUACGGGAGUACGAUAAGUUAGGGAAGAUGAUGAUGAUUUAUUACUUCACCUAAACGCUUGUCUCGUUUUGUAUACCUACAUUGGCGUCAAUUUUUUUGUUCCAUUUGCUUUUUAAAUAUUAAUGCUUUUAUUUUUAAUCUGUAGCCUCAAAUAUCCAACUUUUGUUUUGACUUUGACAUUUCAAUUUCAAUUUGUUUUCGCGGCGAAACCCAAACAAGAACCAACAAGUAGGCACGAAAGGAACUGAAAAACCAAGGAAAAGUUAUAUGUACCCUACAUAGUAAAAUUUCAUAAUAAAGAAGAAUUUUUGAACGCGUUUGUGUCUACAUUUUGUAAUUUUAAUAAUGGAGGCAAGCAAAACGUUCGCUAAAAUAAUAGAACUUGGCAAAAAUAGCUCCAAACGUGAAGAAUUACAAGAAUAUUGUAAAUUAAAAAUUGAUCAGAUUGUCAGUUUUCUACCCCGGCGCAUAUUGAAUUCCGAUGGGGCUGGUCUCCUGGAUUGUAUAUUAAAUGGAUUAUCCGAUGAACCUUUGGACAAGAAUAAAGUUAAAAUAAUAGAUGUUGUGCUAAACACACUGAGAAAAGAAUCCACUUCACUCACUCACGGUAGUGAUAUUAUGAGCAGAGUGCUGCCAGAAUUACCGAGACAGAGUGUCACAAAUUUAGUUAGAUGGUGUGAUGAUUGUGUGCAAUCUAUUGUUGAAGACAGUGACAAAAAUAUGAUAUGGAAGGAUAUUCUACCUGAACAUUUGAAUGCAAUUGCUAGUUACAACAGUGUAAACCACUGUGGUACAGAUUUGACAGGAGCUGACUACAAACAGCAGUGUAUACGCACAUUAUGUCAAUGCAGAUGGAAGGAUCAUCAGCUUGUACAACUUACGGCAAUGUUCCGAGAGAUGGAAUUAUCAAAAAAUGAUCAUAAACAAGUUGUUAAUAAGAUAUGUUCACAUAUCAUGGGCUUGACACCUGCGGAACUACCUCCACUGGUCCAUCAACUUGUAAGACUGUGCAAGUUAUAUAACUUAGAGAUUGUGCUGGCACAUUUAAGUCAUUACUUUAACUUACAUCUGUAUAGUAAACUGGAGCCUCCGCCACAGGAUUCUGAAUCUACAACCAUAGACAUUGAUGAUUUAGCACAAUACAGUCCGGCUGAAUUGAGCAGUUGUCUAUCAACUUGCAUCUAUCAUAUGACACAAGGUGCUGCGGAACAUGAUCUUAUAAAGAAGCAUAUCAAAACAUGGCCCAAGACCCAGUUACUCCGUGCUCCCUUCCUUAUUGAUAUAGCACUCGCUGUCUCAGACAAGGGUGCUGAAUUUAAAUCUGUAUGCUUAGAUGCAAUAAAGUCAGCAAUAGAGCAGCGAGCGCUGGACGAGCUGCGCUGCAAGCAGUCGGCGUGCGUGCGAUCCGUGCUGCCGCCUGACGUCGAUGUGGUCAGUGUGCUCAAAGUGCUUACUGCUGAGAGUGCCAAUCACCGUGAGUUAACGGUACUGGGUUUGAUCAACUUGGCGUUCUCCCUACUGGGCGUGUCGCGUGUGAAGCCAGUAGCGACUGUCCUGUGGUCACACGGCAAGCUGAUACUGGUGCGGCUGUGCAAGGCGCAGCCCGCCACCACCAGACACAUCCUGACCCAGCUCGCAGACAGGCUUUGCGCGGAUGUCACACAGAGACAGUAUUCUGACUGUUUGUACAUCCUGUGCAAGUUGACGCCGGUGUCGGUGGAGCCGUGUCCGCAGCUGAACCUGAUCCUGGAGAGCUGCCAGCCGGCGGGCGCGGAGUACGAGAGCGCGGCGCUGUUAGGAAAAAAUGAGAAAAUAGUGGGUUACGUUAGUUUACAUGGGAGCCGAUAACAAGUGACAGUUUGUAGGGAGUCGCUGCACCGCUGCCUGUCGGUGUCGGGGUUCCUGACGGUGCUGCGCCACAUCAAGCUGUGCGCGCUGCCCGCCAGCCAGGGCUCCGGAGACCAGCUCAGCGCGCACUCCUACCUCACGCAGCUCACAGUCGACGUGCACGCCACGCAGAACGGCGCUGUGACGUCACGCGUACGCAACGAAGCGAUGUGUAUGGAGGUGGUGUCGAUACUGCGUCGCUGUUUAGUGCAAGACGCGAAUGUUAAACAGUUAUUUUACACAGAGUUGUACGAAUGUGUGAAAGACAAGCCAGCGCUACAUGAAGCUGUGCUGGAGCUUCUGUACGAGCAUCUGAGCAAAUACCUGCCAGAAGAUGAAUAUGAUGCAGAGAUACUGCUGGAUGAUUGUGUACAAGUCACAGCGACAUCUGCUGUACUCACUGAACCGAUAUCCCGCUUGCUAUACCUGGUGGCGCAGUUCCUGCAGCCGGUGGAGGAGGACCUGGAUUACAUUCUGUCCAGUCCCCAGCAGGAGACCGCCAGCGCACACCUCAAGAGUAAACUCCUCAUCAUCAUGGAGAAACUCUGCACUGCUGAUAACCUUGUUAAUAUUGAUAUGGAGGACGUAGGUGUGUCAGAUUUGACACCAGAGAGUAUGGCGAAGAGUAUGAAGGUGCAACAGGCGCUGGCGUGCCAGGAGGCGCUCGUCGCACACCUCGUGAUGCAGUGGAACCCCACUACUAGAAGCGCCCCCGCCUUAAUAUACAAUAUAUUCAAGGCCAGCUCAAAACUCAUGGACCAGACAAAGACACCAUCUAAACAAGCUAAAAAGAAUGCCAAAUUAGCAAACGAAACAGGAGAAACCGCAAAAUCUCAGAAGAGUCAAAAAACACAAAAGGAUAAAGCCAAAGGUCCAAAUAAGCUGUCAAAUAUGGUGAAGGACCGAGCUGGACCUUUCAAACCUCUACCAUGUCUGUGGGACCUUAAGUUUUGUUUGAGGAUCCUCGUCUUAUUGUACAGUGAGGAGGUGUCGUGGUCGUCAGUGGAGCAGCGCAACCAGCUGCGUUGUCGACGCGACUUGCAGCAGUGGGCGGUGCGCGGCGUGCAGGCGGCGCUGGGGGCUGCGGGGCGCGCGCGCCAUGCGCUGCCACACCUCGCCAGCAUCGCAGCACUCUUGUACAGGAGAUGUCUUAUCAGGUUUCAAGACUUAUGCGACUUCGACGAGCAAACAGCGCUGGGCUGUCUAGAUAUAUUCAAAACUUGUAUGAACUUAAUUUUAACAAACAACUUCUCGAUAAAACUAGAAUCUCUCGUGCCGCAUAUCACGGGACUGACAGACACAACAGUGGCGGCUAGUAUAGCUAAUACAUUAGAGCACGUUCACACUGCGCUGGCGCAGCUGGAUGUAGACGCCGAGGAUGUAGAUGAGACAGGCAAGAAGAUCCUGUCAUCUUUGUGCCAGCUCGCCGCGCUACUGCUGGAGACCCCUUUGCAGCCAAGCGCGGAAAUGAGUCGAGUGAUAAUAAAGCUGGAGGACUACGUGCGGCGCAGUAAGCAGGACUGCCAGCAGCUGCUGCUGCCGCUGCUGGGCGCCCCCUGCCGCGAGCAGCACGAGGCGCAGCUGCUGGAGGACUUGUUGGAGAAACUCGCUACUGCGCUGGGCAGGAUUGACGUUAGUACUCUAUUUACUUUCUUUGAAACAGUUGUUAGUGACGUGGGUGUACAGAAUGUAAGAGUGUUUAAUUCCAGAUUAGACCGUCUGUUAAAAAUAUCAGGCAAACGUCUAUCAUCAGUGAUGGACUGCUUCAUCACGUACUUGGAGCAGCAGGAGCAGGGCGCAAGGAACACCCGCGACAGCCGCCUCGUGCCGCGCCUUGUGCUAGAAGCUGAGCAAUUCAACAAGCAUGCGAUAUUGCUCGCUAAUAAGGCUAAGGUUGAUUAUCAGCAAUACUUUUCUCUGGGUUUCGCGCGAGAUUUUAAGAUAAAAGCCUCGCUGUUGCAGGAAGUGCUCAGCGCUAGAGAGGACCACACUGACACUGCUUCGGAAGAAGACAUAAAUGACGCGGCCACAGAAAUAAUUCCCAUGACGUGUGACAAUGAGGAUAACCAAAACGAAGAUGUACCUCUUAGGAAAAAACGACGAGUUUCCUAAAUAAACUAUGUGAUGUCUGUACUUGUUAAGUUUAUAAAGAAAAAAAAAUC